AUGCCUUUUGUUAAUGAGAUGAAGGAACUAGAAAAAAGAAUAAUAAUAGAUAUACAAAGAACUAAAAGUUUUGUUAUUGCAAGUCUUAAAAACCUGACAGCUGAUUUAUCACAGAGAAAUAAUUUAGCUAAAAUUAAAAGACAUGGUGUUUUAAGAGAAUGUCAUACCUGUAGUAUAGUAAAGGAUUUUUGGACUUCUAGUAAUCUUGAUUUAUUAUUAGUUUCCUAUUAUUAUCAUCUUACUAAUAGCCAAUUUGAAAAAAUUUCUGCAGUGCUAACAGAACAAAGAGGUAAAGAGCUUGCCACAAAGUAUGGAUUACAUUUGCAACUGUCAAUACUUGAUAAAUUAAAGUAUAAAAGACAUCUUUAG